UUCCCACAGGUGGCUGCGUUGGAGCGCCAGAUCUUUGACUUCCUGGGCUACCAGUGGGCUCCUAUCCUAGCCAACUUCCUGCACAUCAUGGCAGUUAUCCUGGGCAUCUUUGGUACCGUGCAGUACCGCUCCCGGUACCUCAUUCUGUAUGCAGCCUGGCUGGUGCUUUGGGUUGGCUGGAAUGCGUUUAUCAUCUGCUUCUACUUGGAGGUUGGACAGCUGUCCCAGGACCGGGACUUCAUCAUGACCUUCAACACAUCCCUGCACCGCUCCUGGUGGAUGGAGAACGGGCCAGGCUGCCUGGUGACACCUGUCCUGAACUCCCGCCUGGCCCUGGAGGACCACCAUGUCAUCUCGGUCACCGGCUGCCUGCUUGACUAUCCCUACAUAGAAGCACUCAGCAGCGCCCUGCAGAUCUUCCUGGCUCUGUUCGGCUUCGUGUUCGCCUGCUACGUGAGCAAAGUAUUCCUGGAGGAGGAGGACAGCUUUGAUUUCAUCGGCGGUUUUGACUCCUAUGGAUACCAGGCGCCGCAGAAGACGUCGCAUUUACAACUGCAGCCUCUGUACACGGCGGGGUAGUAGCUUCUGCCCCACGACCACCCCCGCGGCUAGAUAGACUGACCGCCGCAGCCGCGAGCUCUGGCCAAGAUGGCAGGCGUGCCCCCUGGCGGCUCGCUGACUGGACUGCAGCCUGGGUC